AUGUAUAGCAGUGUGAAACCAAAGUUAGACACAUUUUUCAUAAUCAAUCCCAAUAGCAUUGAUAUUAAAGUUCUCGUUUCCAUACAUGGGUAUACAAAAGCAGAUCCAAUACCCGGUGGUUGCAAUAUGGAAUUUAGUCUGCCGAUAUCACCAUUUAUGUUGUCUUCAUACGACAAUGACACUAUAAUGGUUGAUGCGGCCGCUGCCAAAGAUCCCUCGGACAUCAAUUGCAAUAGUAUAGACAAGUCGUUUGUUAAUUUCUACAAAAUGUAUUUACCAGAGAGAGAUUUUGAUCCUGAUACAUAUUAUAUGGGAAUAAUUAAUAUGUUGACGUUGGAUAAAAUACAAGAUUAUGGUGAAUAUAUUCCGUAUACGGGCUUACGUAUGCGUCGUAUGUUAAGCGCUUAUCCGGGAACUGGUGCUAUAUACGUUGCGAUCGCGUUCAGCUCAAAGAAUACGAGUGCGUAUUCUGUUUACGUGCCGACGUAUUCGUAUGCGUGCGAUCCGUUUGUAGAAGGCGGUUGUGAGAUCAUGGACGACUUCUUUUCCCAAAUAUUAUGUGCAUCGCUGACGUUCGUCGGUCUAUUCGUGUGUUUUUUCGGACAUAGAUUUUUUAAAACUGAAAUGUUUCUGGUUGGCUUCGUCACGGGAGUUGUCAUUACAUACAUUCUGAUAUCUUUAAUGGCUGAUUUGAAUAGGGCAGCACUUUUAGGAGCGUCAGUAUUAUCCGGAGUAUGUUUCGGUUCAAUUUGGUUGCUUUUCUGGUGGUUCUAUGGCAUACCAAUAUUCGCUGUCUUUCUGUCAACAUUGAAUGUAGGCUUUCUAUUUGCCGCUAUAAUAUAUCACGGGUUGCCAGGUGGUUUAACAGAAUUGGAAUUGGAUUUGAACUUUUGGACUCUUUUUAUUUUUAUAAUGCUACUGACAGCGCUUCUGUUGCUCUCUAUGACGUUUCUAUCUAACAUACUGUGUUGUGCGAUACUCGGAGCGUACGCGACUGUGUUCCCUAUGGACUACUACAUAGGGUCCAAUUUAAGAUUUAUUAUAAUCAACACAGUGAGACGCGCCAUUGUACCUCAUUUUAAUAUGGCUGUCCUUUCCCCGCCGUUCCAGUGGAAAGGACAUAUAUACAUAUGUUUUCACCCGACUUUUUCCAUCUCCCCUGUAGACGCCGUCAUCGCAGUACUCUGGAUAGGUCUCGCGUUGUCCGGUUUCCUGGUUCAACAUUAUCAUAACCGGGCCAGGCCUCCCUUCCCGCCGCCCCCGCGGAGCGUGAGACCGGUCUACGAGCCGAGAAGACGUUACGGACAAAUCACUGCACCAAUUAUGCCGGUCUUCGUGGCGCCGUCGGAAAGAACGCCUCUGUUGGCCUAA